AUCUCAAAACGGGCUCACGCCAGGAGAAAGGAGAAGCCGCAUCCCCGCCUUCGGCGGACAAAAGAGAGCCCGCACUGCAAGAAAACCUUCCAUUGAGCAGGAAAAAGACUACAUCUCCCAUCAGACUUUGGGGGAAAGACUGCCCUUCGCAUCUCCUUCGCCCCUCCCACUGGCCAAGGACUUGCCCGAGCAUGUAGCUUUCAGUUUCUCUAGAGAGCGAGCGUGCCGGGAGUUCAAGCGUUGCCCCUUCUGCGCCUGGAGAAUCGUGGGGAGCCAUGACUGAACCUCUGGACUUCUACCAAACGUUUGUUUUCCUUGAUAUUGAGUCCACCGGGUUGCCCAGAGACCAACCGCGCAUAGCGGAGCUGUGCCUCUUUGCUGUUCACCAAUCUUCCCUGCAGCCCUUUCCACAGACAAAAGGACCACAGCUGCCUCGCAUCAUAGACAAGCUGAUCCUCUGCAUCGACCCCCAGAAACCCUUUACUCUGUGCGCACAGGCUAUAACUGGGCUCAGCAACCAAAAGCUAGAAGAGAACUGUAAGCAGGAAAACAACCGUUCUUUGAUGGAGAUCCUGAAAGGGUUUUUAGACCGGCAAGCUCAUCCCAUUUGCUUAGUGGCCCACAAUGGUCUCCACUUCGACUUUCCUCUGCUACGUAAAGAACUGUGGCAAAUAGGCACCGACCUGCCUGCAAAUACAGGAUGCCUUGACACAUUGCAGGCUUUGAAGGAUGUACUUAGAGUGCCAUACCUGAGCUAUAAGCUGGGAAAUCUGUACCAGUAUUUCUACAGAGAGGAACCAUCCAGAGCUCACACAGCUGAAGGAGAUGUGCUUACUCUUCUGCUCGUGUUUCUUGCUAAGGCCCUUGAGCUGAAAGCUUGGGCAGCCCAUCAGGCCCAGAAGUGGGAGGAGAUUCAACCUAUGGAUUUUCCACACUCAAACAGGAUCUGAUCUCUGG